AUGUCCUACUCCAGCGAGUCGUGCGGCGUCAGCUGCCCCCAGCCCAUCGCCGAGAGCUCCAACGAGCCGUGUGUGCAGCAGUGCCCCGACUCCAGAGCCCUGAUCCUGCCCCCGCCGGUGGUGGUGACCAUCCCGGGCCCCGUGCUCAGCACCUUCCCCCAGGAGAGCGUUGUGGGAUCAUCGGGCCCAGCCUUGCCGGGGCGUUCCUUCAGCUCCCGCAGCUCCCAGGGCUAUGGGGGCUCCUUUGGGCUGGGGGGAUCUGGGGGUUAUGGGGGCCCCCUGGCCUUGGGGGGCUCCUCUGGCUAUGGGGGCUCCUUUGGGUCUGGAGGUUAUGGGGGCUCCCUGGGCUAUGGGGGCUCCCUUGGAUAUGGGGGCGCCCGGGGCUAUGGGGGUUUCUCAGGCUAUGGGGGCUCCCUUGGCUAUGGGGGAUAUGGGGGCUCCCUUGGCUACGGCCGUUCCCUGGGUUAUGGAGGUGACACUGGCUAUGGGGGCUCCUUUGGGGGCUAUGGUGGCUCCCUCGGGGGCUAUGGUGGCUCCUUCGGGGGCUAUGGGGGCUCCCUUGGGGGCUAUGGGGGCUCCUUUGGCAAUUGCGGGAGGUCCUACAGCUCCGGCUUCUCCUCGCGGGGCCUGGGCUAUUCCCUGUCUGGCUCCCAGAGAUGGGGCAGGUCCCGCCGCGGGAGCUGUGGGGUUUUCUAA